CAUUUAGAAUUCAGCUCCAUUCUCACUGCUACGCUGUGAACCAUAUACUCUACACUAAACAUUAUAAACUUGAAUGCACUAUAAAACUGCAUUACCAGGCUACAUAGUAUUCAGACAAUAAAAACGAAAAAGGUUGUUGUAAAGAAAGUUAGUUAUGCAAGUUAUAAAAUGUAGUCUAGCACGUAGUUUAACAAUGCAAUUUAAUGGUAACGUUGAGAACCGUGAAAGGAAAGAGAUGACAAAAUAAAACAAAAACCAAGGGUACAGAUUUUGAAGGUGAGUUUUAUUUUGUUGUGUUGGCUGCAGUGUAGCCCCCUGUGUUGCUCUGUCUCUACCUCUGUCUCUACCUCUUGUUGUUGAUUCUGGUUUGUCUGUGUCCAGCUCUCCGUUUUGUAUAUUUCGUUUAAGUGGUCACUUGGUAUGGUCCGUUCAGUGCUUAAUAGCAUUGUAUAGCAGGCUUAGCUUGGGUUUCUGUUGUUGAUAUACUUUCUUUUCUCUUUUCUUUCUUUAUAUAGGUGCUGGUGAUCCAGCUUGGUGAUCUCUACAAUGGUAGGAGAGGCCAGCUGUGGGGCAGGAUUACACCUCUUUCUCUGUCCUCUUCCCUCGUCCUCAUCCCUCUCCACCCUCAGCUCUCUCCUUCCUCCUGAGUGGAUUUUAUUUUUCUGGAGGCUGAGCCCCCCCCCCCCCACCCCUGCCUCUCAGAUAGCUCUGCUCCACCAGUUGCGCUCUGUGCCGGCCUGGAGAGGAGUAAGGGAGCGGAAAGAGGCGAGAGAAGUGAGGAUUUGGUGAACCGAGGAGAGACAGACAGGGGAGAGGGACCAUGGCUGCUCUCUCUGCCUUGCUGAAGACCUGGGUAAUACUGCAGACCUUGUGCCUGGCUCUGGCCCAAGUGAGGGGUCCACCUGGACCUCUGGGCCAGGCCGGCCCACCAGGCCCCUCUGGCAUGCCUGGGUCAGACGGCAUUGAUGGAGACAAUGGACCACCUGGGCCCCCUGGUUCACCAGGACUAAAGGGAGAGCCAGGAGAGCCCGGUCUUGAUGGAGCAGCGGGAGAGAAUGGCAUUGACGGUUUGAUUGGAGCAAAGGGUGAUCGAGGUCCUAUGGGGAGCGCUGGGCCUAAGGGUGGACCUGGGCCAAGUGGCGAACCUGGACCUCCUGGACCCGGCCUUCCAGGACUGCCUGGCGCUCCAGGGCCAAUUGGUCUGCCAGGUGAAAUUGGACCAUCUGGUACAAAGGGUAUCGUGGGAUCUCUUGGAGCUCCAGGACUUCCUGGACCUCCUGGCAAGCCAGGUCUUCCAGGGAAGUUCAUUGGUGGAGAAGAGGGAAGUGCAGACUUCCAGUGUCCACUUAACUGUCCAGCAGGACCUAAAGGCCCCCAGGGACUGCAGGGAAUCAAGGGACACAAAGGACGUGGUGGUGUUCUCGGAGAACCGGGUAGCAUAGGAAAAUCGGGUCCCAAGGGAGAAGUGGGCAUCUCUGGGGAACAGGGCAUCCCAGGACCUCCGGGUCCGAUGGGUCUGAGAGGUUAUCCAGGAAUGAUGGGUCCUAAAGCAGAAGCAGGGCCUCGUGGUUACAAGGGCAUCAACGGACCUGUAGGAAUACCUGGGCCUCCUGGUGAGGAGGGGCCUCAGGGACCACCCGGAGAGGCAGGAGACAAGGGAGACAAAGGCAGCCGAGGUAUCCAGGGCCCACAGGGUGCGGUUGGCAAAAAGGGAGAGAAUGGUCUGCCGGGUAUUGAUGGGAAAGAUGGCACACCUGGUAUUCCAGGGAUCAAGGGCAGCCCUGGCCAGGCUGGGAUGCCUGGUCCUCCUGGUCCUCAGGGAACAGCGGGAUUGCCUGGCAGCCCAGGGUCAAAAGGUGGACUUGGAUCUAAGGGCGAGCCUGGACCUAGGGGUCAUGUUGGCAUGCCUGGUUCUCCUGGAUUUCUGGGUGAGCCUGGUCUUCCUGGUGAGGCUGGUAUGGAAGGAGUUCCUGGACCCAAGGGUGACAGAGGCCAGCGAGGAGCAGUUGGGCCACAGGGAGUUGUCGGCAAGGCUGGAAACAAAGGAGAGAGAGGACCAAUUGGUGUUCCAGGUGCCCAGGGUCUUAGCGGAACCACGGGAGACAAGGGCUUCCAAGGAAAAGUUGGGUCAAAGGGAGACGAUGGUGACCCCGGUGUUGAGGGAUUGGCUGGCGAGAAAGGGGAUAAGGGUUUGUCUGGUGAACCCGGCCCUAAAGGACAGCAAGGAAUUAGGGGUGACUCCGGACACAAUGGACCCGCUGGAGACCCUGGUAAACCCGGAGACCUGGGACCACUAGGACUGCCCGGUCCUAGGGGACUCAAUGGGGAGCGAGGAGUACCUGGCAUGCCAGGCAUUCAGGGAUCUUCAGGACGCGAUGCAUCUGACCAGCAUAUUAUUGAAGUGGUGUUGAAGAUGUUGCAGGAGAGGCUAGCUGCUGUGGCAGUGAGCGCCAAGAGGGCUGUGCUUGGUGGAGCAGGUGUAAUGGGACCUCCCGGGCCCCCUGGACCCUCGGGGUCAGCUGGCCCUCAGGGGCCACAUGGCUUACCUGGUGCCCGUGGCAUUCCCGGCAUGAUUGGAGGAGCUGGACAGAUUGGAAACACAGGACUUAAAGGAAAGAGAGGGGCAAAGGGAGACAGAGGAGGUCCUGGUAAACCCCACCCAGGAGCACCAGGACCCCCAGGAAUACAAGGUCCCGCGGGUGUUGAUGGUGUGGCUCGGGACGGCAGGCACGGCGAGAGAGGACCUCACGGAUCAGCCGGAGAGGCAGGUUAUCCCGGUAGGGCGGGUUCGACAGGUCUCCCCGGCUUCUGCGAGGCGGCAAUGUGUUUAGCUGCGUCAGCAUACACAUCCCCAAGACUACAGGAGGCGGGAUCAAUCAAAGGACCCAAUAUUUAGAGACCUGCCUCUCCAUCAGCAGAGAGACACCACCGAGAACGAAGGGUUAGGGGACAAUAAUAGCGACUGGAUAUGUAGCGCCCCCCUUCUGAAACGUGACGACCUGAAGUUUUGACUGGUGGGACAUACUCUGAUCUUAAUCCCCCCCACAUCACCAUGACAACAGCAGCUCUCACCCACCCACAUCCUUCUGAAUUCUGUAGUGUUUUUGGAUGAUGUCAGUGUCGGUCCCCUUCAAAAUACCCCAGCCCUGUUCUAGCAGUGAAAGAGGAACAGAUUUAUAUAUUGCGUCUCCCUGUUGUCUCACCGCCGACGAGCUGAGAACCGAGCACGAUGAAAAGGUAAAUGUCCAUCAC